AUGAGUAAGUUGGAGACUUUUCUGGUGCAUGAUGUGGAUCAGACGCUCAAGAAAUACGAUGACUUAUGGACUGCCCAGGAUCCCGAAGACAAUCCCUACAAAAGCAAAUAUGUUGCCCGGGAAAUGCUGGAGAUGGCAGUCAAGAAUGUGGAAAAUCUCGUUGAGGAGGAAGCUUCCAUCCAAACUGCCGAUCGUGGACGUGAAGUUGUCGCCAGGCUCUUGCUGUUCCUAGGGAAGAACUGCUACUUCUGCGAGGAGGCAGGGCCAGACUUGGUCGUCACCUCGUCCGUUGAGGCCCAUACCUCCCCUGCACAACAGGUCCCACAGGCUGAGAAGUGCUUCAUCCGAUCCUUGGAGCGCUACCUGCGAUCGCCGUUGCGACUGGAACCCGAGCCGUUCUGUUACAUCCAGGCCCUGUUCUGCGCAUACUGGGAUGCUGUAAUGUGCAUCACCUCGAGUCAACUGACAAUAGUAGGAGGAUUCCAGAUCUCCGCCGCCAUUGCAUGUCAGGAUGUCUUCAAUCAGCUGGGCAUGCUCUGGUGUAAUCGUGGAGGCCACAAAGCCGGAAUGCUCAGUUUUCUUUCGUCUCAUUCUCUCCUUGUCAUGUUAGACGGUCAUAUGUCAUCCGCCCAGGAAGGAAUGAACUUCCUGCGCAGGGCACAGGUGAUGUACAUGAGGCGACCGCAGCACGUACGAGAUGUUUGCGAGGAACGCUGUGAGAACAACUACACGAUGACCAUGUUUUACUUGGCGCAGGCCUAUGGGGCACUGCAGAAGCCAGCCCUUUCAGCACGCUUUUGCGCCGAGACCAUGAGUCGCCAGCUCGAGUCGAACUCGCUUGGCUUACGCAGCCGAGAAAUCACGGAGCGGGACCCUUUCGACGCAAAGGAUUGGAUCAGGAACUGCUGUGCCUUAUCUGACUUCUUCAUCAACGAUGGCAUGUUCUGGACUGCCGAGUAUUUGCUGCACUCUGCUCUGGUCAUGUGCGAGCGUGGUGGAGAGAUUGUGGGCUCAGAGCCCGAGAACAUCACAGAGCUCAAGGCCGAGUGCAUGCGCGACAUUGGCAACAUGUACGCAACCCGUCUCAAGUUCGCCAGGGCGUGUGCUGAAAGACCGGAUGCAUGGGAAGAGGUCUGGCGUGGUGAGCGCAAGCAAGAGGCGGAGGAGCAGACCGUUCCAGACGAGGGCACCAAGCUCAGCUUUCGCGUGUCGGCAGACCGGGUGGAGCGCCCUCCAGAAGGCGGUACCGGACCCAUCCACUGGGACGACAUCUUCCCCGAGGUCGUCCAUCUGGAAGAUGAUGAGGCCCAAGACAACAUCAUGGCGGAGGAGCACGAGAUCUUCAAGCUGGGCAAUCACUUCUUCGCCCAUGCUCUGGACUACUUCCUCUUAGAUGGAUGGGUCACAGAACAUGUCAGGAUACUUCAAGAACUGUCCACCAUGUACCGGACUCUGCAAUACUGGGAGAAGGAUCCAAAGCGGUCUGCUGCGAUGCUCAAGCGACGACGUGCAUCUCGGGCCCAUCGUCGCCAGCCGCGAGGUUGGAUGGGCGACCGCCGAGGAGACCGCGGGUAUGGCCGCAGCCGCUGGAGCCGCGGAGGCCGCGGUGAGGAGGAGGAGGACCGCAGGGAUCUGCCAGCCCGGCGUCCGGAGCGGGCCAAAGGCGACCAAAACGACCACCGAGGCUACGGCCGAGACUCUGGUCGGGAGUCUGGCCGUGGUCCCUGGGGUCGAGGUCGAGAGGAGGAUGAGGUCGUUGCUCCACCUCUGACUGUGAGUGGCUGUCAGAACGAGACGAUCAGCGCUAUUAUUGCUGGUGUGUACAUGCCAGACAGCCUCAACCACGGGAAGGUGGUGUACAAGAAGCGGGAAAAGUCUAGAGGGCUAGAUGUCCUGAUCUAUUUCUGGGAUGAGCGGGACGGUCCAGAGCUCUGCGGCUGGUGGUUUGGUCCGAAUGUCGGCGGUGACCAGGUCUGGGCCUAUCACCCAAGCCGGACGGCUGGCACUCCCCCUGCCUCGGAGUGGAAUGUCCCGCACGACGGGGAUAUCGACCCCAGCUUCACAGUCUCUGCCAUGCGUUCAGCACCGUCGCCUCCUCCUGCAGGAGAGCCCAGCCCCUCUGCAGCGCGGAGCCGUACGAGGGAGGCCCGGGCGAUUCUCCACUUUAAACGGCUGCUACUGUGGUGA